AUGUUCGCCCUCUCGGAUAAUGGCCGGAAGAUCCACGUCCAGUGGGUCCCCUCGCACUGUGGUGUGGAGGGUAAUGAGCGAGCCGACAGAGUGGCCCGAGAGGCCGCGGAACUACCACAAGACAGCGUGCCUGCAGACAUCAGGACAAUCACCCGAGCGGUGGCUAGGGCCGCCCGCGACGACACGGUCCGGGCCUGGCCCCCCGGCUGGUUCCGGUCGCUGAUGGGGGGCCUAUUCCCCCCACCGGUGGCGGGGCUGGACCGGGAGCGCGCGGUGGACGUCCACCAGCUGCGAGCCGGGCACUGGUCGGGCUUCAGGGCCUACCUGCACAGGAUCGGGGCCGUUCCCUCUGUGGGAUGUGAGGGCUGCCGCGACGAGGGCUGUGUGGCGGCCCGCUGCCCCCUGUGCAAUGAGGAGCCUGACACGCCGGCACACGUGCUGCUGAGAUGUCCGGCGUUGAUGCGACUGAGACAUUCAACCCUGGGUCACAUCCAUCCCAGGCUGGAGGAGGUCCGGGAGACCUCAGUGGUGGCGGCCCUGGCGGCCGCCGCCAGACGCUUCCAGAGCCGCCUGGCUAUGCUCCCGUGA